GUGGAUGCCUGUUCCAUCAUAUUUUACAAUAUUGAGCCAACGUAUCAAACCUCCAUCGAAGGAUCUGCUACUGCUCAUGAAAUGUGGAAUAGGUUGAUACUGCAAUAUGCCCAAGUAGCUGUGGCCAACUCUGCCCAUCUUCUUGGAAAGUUCCAUCAAUAUCGAAUGGAUCCCGAUCAUUCAGUCAUGGCUCACAUAAAUAGACUCAGAUUGAUGGCUGACGAACUAAAGAGUGUCAAUUCCCCAAUAUCUGAAGAAACUCUAAUUGUGAGAAUUCUUCAAACACUACCACCCAGUUAUCGAUCUUUUUUGUCGGCCUGGGAUAGUGUUCCACGAGCUGAUCAAACUAUCGCUAACUUAACGGGGAGACUCGUAACGGAAGAACUCAGAGCCAAAACCCAUGGUGUAGCAGAUCCUGCUGAUGUUGCCUUCUUUGCCUCACAUCCAUCAAGAAUUCAGCAACAACAAAUGAUACAACAACAUCACUCAGAAGCUAAUCCUGCUCGGAGCCGAGGUUGUAUUCUUUUAUCAACAGUACAGUUCGCUAAGUAAGUGGAACUCAACUCAUAUUUCUGCAAC